GGGGUUAAGUGCCUAACGUUGCUCAGCGGUUUCAUAGUAUUAUUGUUUUAUUUUGACAGAGACAACCGGAAGUCUAUGACGAAAAUCCUGGCAAGAUGGCGAUGCCCAUGAGGAGGACUUUGGGGGCUCUUCAUAGAGCGAUUUGUAGCAGUUUAAAGAAUGCUGAGACGUCUCUGGAUGUGCAACAUCCCAUUCCACUUUACCUGCCGGUCCGAACCAAAAAGCGGUACUUUAUCCCUCCAGCAGUGGGACUGAAGGGGAAGAGGCAGGAAAACCCAGAGGCCAAAGCCCGAGCAGCAGGCAUCGUCUUCAGGCAGCAGUACUUUGAGAGGCCAAUCAAUAUCGCCUGCACUGCGGGAAUCUUCGACCCCUACAUACCCCCAGAGGGUGAUGCUCGUCUUUCCACUCUGUCUAAAGAAGGCCUGAAACAACGUACUGAACAGAUACGACAAAGUGCCGCCUCACAGCUGGCGAUUCGUAAAAUCAAAGAGCACGACUCCGUGUUCACAACAAAGGAUUUUGCAGAGAAAGCUCAAGAAAUCUUUAUUGAAGCUCACCACGCCCUGACACAGUUCAACAAGGAGAAACUUCACUCCUUGGUGACUGAGAGGUGUUAUCCUGAGAUGACGAGGGGUAACCGAUACAAGACGAUCCGCUGGAGGUUUGUGGAGUCCCUGGAGCCACCCAGAGUGGUCCAUGCCCGCUGCCCUGACAUGGUCUCCAAAGGCAACCUGUAUGGGCAGGUGACGGUUCGCAUGCACUCGAAGCAGACUCUGGCCAUCUAUGACCGCUUCGGGAGGUUAAUGCUGGGAAGCGAGGAGCAGCCGAAGGAUGUAUUGGAGUACCUGGUCAUAGAAAGGCACCUCAUCAACCCCUACGGCCGGUGGCGGUUACAUGGAAAAAUAGUGCCAUCUUGGGCCCCUGCCAAGGAUCCGAUUAUUAAGGGUCCUGUAUUAAGCUCAGUUUUCAUGGACCUGGCAGACUAG